CCUUGCCAAGUCUAUUGAAGCCUUUUCAUCAUCAUUUCACGAUGUUUUCUGCUCUUUCUGCGGGGACCAUCACCGAUUCAACGGUCAUCGCAAGCUACAACCGCGGGCCUCUAACAACUAUCUUUACACCGCCGUCCUCAUGUCUCUCGACGUUGACCUUUAAUGAUGGUAUGUAUUUCGGACAUGCCGACACAUAUUAUUACGAUUCGUCUUGUUACCCGUCGAGUUACAGCUCGACCUAUACCAUCUUGGCUAAUAAUGACGAUUGGAAUCAAUACUAUUACAGUCCAGCUCAAUGUCCAGAUGCAUGGGCUCACGCAACGACCUUCACAUCCUAUUUCACAAACGCUGCCGACACCCCUUUGGGAGCCGAAGUCCUAUUCUCUCUCGGCCCGGACACUACUGCAGUCCUUUGCUGUCCAUCUGGGUACGAAUACUUUGGAAAUGCUGGACAUCAAUGCAUUACGACAGUCUCGACAGGCGCUGAGCUCGUCUACGUCUCCAACCGUGUGUCGGACAAUGUUCUCGUGCUAGGAACCCCCGCCACAACCACAAUUACGAGUAGCGCGUACACUGUCUGGGGUGAUGGGAUACCUGUUUGGUGGCAGAAUAGUGAUUUAGCGGCCUUCACGGAACCUCCGAAGACGAUGACUUCAAGUUCUUCAACUAUUCCGGCAACGUCCGCAAAUACAGCAAGUUCAUCGACUGCAACUAGUACUUCCAGCGGUGGCUCCACACCUACUUCUAGCUUGAAACCAAACUAUUCUAGCGGCCUGUCGAGCGGAGCAAAAAUUGCCAUCAGUGUCACAAUUCCGAUUGUGGUCAUCGCUGUCAUUUUGGGGAUAUUUUUCUUCUUCCGCAGACGUGGGAAGAGAGGAGCAAAAGCUCGACAUGAUAAUACGGGAGGCGAGGAAAGGAAAUACCCAAAUGAUAGGGGAGAGUUGGGGACAGAAGGUGUGCUCUCGGAACUUGAGACUCUUCCUCUGUACCACGAGCUGCCUGCCGGCCAGAAAUAAGUCGGGCACUCUGCCACGGAUCUGGCCUUAUUAAUUUCCUUGUCCUCCUUUGAACCUGGAUCGUAAGACGCUCCAAACUCGAGUUAGCAUGCUCCGACCCAAGUUACUUCGCAACAAGCACUCUUUCAACGUCAGCACAUAGCACUGAAUACUGCAUUACAUGGUUGAAGCAGACUGGGUCAGCCCAGUUACUUUGUUUAGAGGAUAGGAAGUCGGCAUGGGCAGACUAUAUCGUGUACGUGAGUCAAGUCCUAAGGAGAUUCAGCUCUUAGACUUGCAGGUCUCUCCUUUUCUAUGGAGUGGAAUAUAGUUAGCGCCAGCAAUCACUUGCCUAUGGAAGUUCAAUUGUUCGGGAGUCUUUGCCAAGCGAGCUAGCAACGAAAUACAGCGUGACUAAUAUAGAGUAAUUACCGACCACAGAAGAUGGCC